AUGGUUCGUGUGCUGCUGAAGCGCGUGGCGGCUGCCUCUGCGCGUCGCUGGGGAGCGUUCCCCGCUGCCGCGACUGCCACUACGAGAGCGUUUGCUGCUGCAUCGAUUCCUGCCCGUUCGGCUCGUGGACGCAACUUCCUGCCGCUCGCUGCCACGUCCCGGAGCUUCGCGACGUCGUCCAGCAGCAGCAUCUUCGAUCUGGCGCAGGCGCUCAAGGCCAAGGAAACGUCCACCGAGGACCGCGUGGCGGCUAUCAACGCGCUCGAGCUGAGCUCUUCGUUGGACACGACGGUCAAGGAGCGACAUGCGCUGGAGAUCGUGGACAGCGACGCGCUGGAGGCUCUGCUGAGCUUCUUGCAGGACAGCGACACGAUCGCGUCGUCCGAUCUGCUGGUACCGGCCUUCCUGGCGCUCAUCCGUCUGUCGGCCGAGCCGCUGCUGUCCCAAGAACUGCUGAGACUGAAGUCUCCGGCGAUCCUGACCCCUUUCCUGGCGCAAACGGACCCACGACUGCAGGCGGCAGCUUGCCUCACGCUUGGCAACCUGGCGCUGGAGCCAACUGCCGCUGACGCUGUGUCUUCUCCGACGGUUGUGAGCGCAGCUCUUGGUGUAUUGGCGAGUCCCCACGAAGCUAUCAAGCGCGCCGCUUCUACGUGUGUUGCGAACAUCGCUAGCAGCUCUCAGGGACGUCGGCAGAUCAUCGAGCAAGACGGUGUGCUGCGAAUGGGCGAGCUGCUUGAAGACGACUACAGCGACCCGCUGCGCAGUGCAGCGGCCUUCGCUCUGGGGAACAUUCUUUCUGGACGGGAUAUCGACGCACAGGAUCUGCUUCGCGAGAGUGGCGCGCUGCCUGCUCUUGUGCUGUUGCUCUCGCCGGUUUUUGCUGAAGAUGUCAAUAGCAGCGCUGCUUGGGCUGUGCACCACGGCGUGCAAAUGAAUGCCGACAGCCAGUCGCUUGUGGCCGAGGCCGGUGGACUUGCAAUGCUGGUACGACACCUCGCUGGUGAAGCGUUGGAGUCGCUUCAGACGAACGCGUUGCUGGCGCUGGACAGUGCUGUGAUUUCGAAUAACGAAAACUUGGACUGGUGCCGUGGCAAUGGCGUUCUUGAAGUCCUCCGGCGUGUUGAGGAAACUAACGGGGAUGGUCUAAACACCAGCGCAAAGCAAGCCCUGACGUCGCUACUAGAACAGCUGAAGUAA